GAGCAGGAGUUCAGAAUGUUCUUCAGGAGAGGGAGCUGGGCUUACACUUUGGUGUUGAUUUGCCUCCUGAUACCAAGGUUAUCUGCUGGUCAGAACUGCCUCACGGAGAGUCUAGAGGGCGUUGUUAUUGACAUCCAGACUUCUCUUUCCAAAGGCAUCAGAGGCAAUGAGCCCACACAUACAGCCACUCAGGAAGAGUGCAUCGGUGCCUGCUGCUCUACACAGAACAUAGCAGGGGACAAACCGUGUAAUUUGAUGAUCUUCGAUACCCGGAAGACAGCCGGGCAGCCCAACUGCUACCUGUUUUUCUGUCCCAGUGAGGAUGCCUGUCCACUGAAGCCAGCAAAGGGCCUUGUGAGCUACAGACUCAUCAGAGAUUUUCCAUCGACCAGAGCUAGUUCACUGCUCCAAAAGUUAACACAAGAAGAGUCCCUGGUACGUGGCCAUACGUCAUCAGCAGUCACUCCCAGGGUCCCUCCGGCAACAGGUUACCCAAAACCCACUGACCUGUUUUGGAGAGGUGUGUCUUCUCAGAUGCCCACAGCCUCAGUUCACUCUCAGAAACUCGUCAAGAUGGAUGAAGCAACCACACAGCUUCCUGUUUAUAAAGAAAAAAGCCAUUCCCCUGGUCCACAGCUUUCCUCAGAACUCCCUGAAAAUGGGACUGCGUCAUCCACCACCAUAGCUGUGGCUUCCCUCCACAAUGUCUCUGCGACUCUGAAGCCUGCACUUCUGUUGCCCAGAGUGUCACUGACACCUGUGACCUUGCAGCAGAAGGUGGCCACCUAUACAGCUCCGCCUAUAACCAUUGUGACCUCAAAGCCCCCAGCAGCCCCCGUGUCUGCAAGUUUUACAGACGUGGCUACACACCAGGCAGCUUUGACUACCGCCUUCCGGGCACGCACAGACACACAAGGAGCCUUAGACACCGUGGCCUUUCGAGGAGGCUCCAAGCUCACUUCAGACACAGAGCGUGGGGAGAGUUCUGCUGUCCUUCCUUUGCCAACCUCAGGGUCUUCUGCCACCAACAAGACUGCUUCCUGGGAGAAUGGGAGGGUCAGUGUAGGCAGCGCAUCACUGAGCAGGGUUCCAAAACACCAGCAUGGCCUCUCAUUUGAGAAAUGGCUUCUCAUUGGGACCCUCCUCUUUGGUGUUCUGUUCCUAGUAAUAGGCCUCGUCCUCCUGGGUAGGAUGCUGGUGGAAUCCCUCCGCAGGAAACGCUAUUCAAGACUUGAUUACUUGAUCAAUGGGAUCUAUGUCGAUAUCUAAAGAUAAAUUAGGCAGCUCUUAGUUUGUGUAAAAACUCGUUGCCAAAUGCACCUUCUGCCCAGCCCACUCAGCAGGAACUAUAUCUUGAAAAAUGUUCCCAUUAUGUUU